AUGACUUCAUCACAGGUGCUCACAAAGUUACUCACUUUUCUGGAGGUACGUUCCGCUCCGUAUUCCAUGUCAAUGCUCACUUCCAGCCAUGGCUUAUUUUCCAUCUCUCGCUUGUUUUGCCGACCGUUCUGUCUCUUGUCCAGUGUGGCGGCGGGAAGAAGAAGAAUAAGGGCAACAGCAGUGACUGUGAAACGACGGGAAAAGAGGAAGACGAGACUUCGGAUGAGUCGGACAAGAAGACGAAGAAGCCGAAGAAGAAGAAGGAGCCGAAGAAGAAGGCGCCUGCGUCUCCGGGAGCAGCGGCGGCCAAUGCUCCAAAGCCUCCGAAGAACAUGGCUGCGAUUGCCGGCACACAAGACCCCAACUACCAGACUCUGGCUGGACUCAACAAUGACGCCGUCUUCGGAGCCGGCGGAGCAGGAGGAGGAGGUGGCGGUGGAGCCGCUGGAGGAGCUCAAGGUGAGAGGAAACCUUUUUGAGUGAGUGAAUCUAAAUAGCGUCGUUCUAGGCCCGAAAGCUCCAGCAGCUGGAGCCAACCCCGGAAUGGCCGGCACUCAGGAUCCCAACUACCAGACGCUCGCCGGACUCAACAACGACGCCGUCUUCGGAGGCGGAGGAGCCGGAGGCGCUGGCGGUGCAGCAGCUCCGAAAGCACCCGUGGCUGGCGGAAAAGCGGCCACGAAUGAUCCGAAUUACCAGGUGACUUUGUUCUGUAAAAAACGAAUAACAACGCGAGUCCUUUCAGACACUGGCCGGUCUCAACAACGCCGACAUUUUCAAGGAUAAGGGCGCGGAAGGGGGCGGAGCUGCUCCUAAGGCGCCGGCAGCCGCUGGAGCGAAGGCGGCCACGAACGAUCCGAACUAUCAGACGCUGGCCGGACUGAACAAUAACGACAUUUUCAAAGUUAAAGGAUGA